AUGCAGUAUCAUGUAGGUCAGUCUACUGCAUUCAAAUGAUGCGCUAACAUACAGUACAUCCAGUACAUAAACAGCGACAACUCUACACUGGUCUCGGAACACACAGCACCUGCAAGGAGUUUAUCAGGGGACCACAACACAAUAGGAUAUCUACCUGGAGGCGUUAUAUUUAUGACAACAAGCAGCGCAAAAAAAAUCUCAUGCUGAAACAAUUAAAACAAAACAACAAACCAUUUGAACAGCACUUCUGUCAAACAAGUAAGCAGUUAAUGUCAGGUUGAUUCCAUUAGACAAAGUGUGUGAAACGAAGAACUGCUCCGAUGUCAACUGUAAGGAAAAAAAUACAUAUGGCAAAAGAUAAGGAUGAGGAAGAAGAAAUCCGAGAUCCCAAGAAAACGUGCCAUCAUUGUCACAGAAAAUAUGCAUCGUUGGCAAAUCAUGUCAAAUGUCAAAAGAGAGGUGAUGCGAUGAUCUCAGCCAAAACAAAAGUUACAUCUGUAAAACAGGAACAAGAUGACGAUAAGGAGGAAGAAAGCCGAGAUUCGAAGAAAUUUCAAAACAGUGAUGGGUGUUCCAACACAGGGGAAACAUGUCGAUAUAUUGAUGAUGAAUCAAAGCGUCUCACAGAAAUGACAUACAAUGGACAGAAACCUGUUCUGUCAUCCACAGAUAAAGAAGAACUGGAACAAUUUGCAAAUGAUAUUUUUGAGAAGAAAAUAAUAAGUACCAAGAAUACAAGAAAUAUCGGUGAAUUCUUUGGAAAACAGGUUCAGCUGCGAAAGCAUCAGAUAGCAACUGCUCGGGAAAUGUUCAACUCUUUAGUCCAGAAAGUGGUCUGUCACUUGGAGGCAAAGACGUCAUGGCGUUGGGGAGACCUGAAGUCCGGCUCUUACUAUGAUGGAACCAAGGUAUCUUGCCCUGAUGAGAUGGAUUGUAUGUUUGUGGCAAAGCUCCAGAGCCUUGAAGUGUCUACGCGGGGAGCCCCUGUUGGCUUCUGUUAUGUGAAAGUCACACAGCCGCAGGAAGACUUAACCAACUUUUGUCAGGAAGACUUCCUCAGUUCCACCAAAUUCAGACAAUAUAUUUUCAGUUGUCUUGAAGACAUGCUGGUCAGACCAAUAACGAGGGACACUACCCAGGAACCUGGGUCUCCUUCAUUCGGGAUUAACUACGACACUGGUCUAAAAGACGGCGAUAGCAACUUCGUCAUCUCCAUUGACCUGGUUCCUGCUCUCUACUUCCCUGGAUGGCCAGACACCGCUGGAGACUUCAGCGGCUGUACGCAGAGACAACUGAAGGACAUAUCAAAGAAAGGGUUCCUUGUUGUAGCUAAGGAGUGUGACAUAGCCGAUGCUAAAGACAGGGAUCUUCUUUGGCGUCUUUCAUUUUCAGCAAGUGAAAAGACAAUUACGAAACAUGCUGACCUGGACGAAAAUGACGAAUGUGCUGGAAGCACUGAGCGGACGUGUAGGAAGAAAGUGCUACGGAUCCUGAAGAGGAUACUGGAGAUUGCAAAGGACGACGAGGACUCUGCUAGAAUGGACGAGAGUCUUGCUACUCAGGGCAAAGAGAUCGCUUCAGAACUUCGUCGUGCUGCCCAAUACACCCGGGAACAUGGGUAUUGUGUGGCCAAACAUAAGUUCACCACGUUCCAGCUACGAACCCUGAUGUGGAACGAGUUCUAUGUGGCUACGCUGGGGGACCAUAUGUGGGGGAAUGAUAGUUUGGUUAACAGGCUGAAACUGAGCAUUGUCAAGCUGAAGAAGAUGUUAACUGGAGAGCUGCCGAUGGACCAUUUCUUCAUCCCAAAUUUUGACAUCAUGGCUGAAGUGCCUCCGGUUGAGAGGAAGUACCUAUAUAUAAUGGCGUGUGUGGCAGAAAGACUGCUCUGACGAAUAACACUUGACUAAGAUUUGGUUUGGUUUGGUGUUUAACGCCGCACACAGCGAUGUUCCAGCU